GAUGGCAGCCAGGCAGGUCCAUCACCCCACUACAAACUACAGGGGUCAGCAGUGAAGCUGAUGUAGCCUGAAGCCAGGCUUCCAGGUUGCAAGGGGAAGGCCUGGAGGAGUGAAGCCUCCUGCCCACUGACGUAGACCGAGAAGGGCCCACGGAGGAGCAUGGUCCCAGACAGAAGCAGCAGUGGGAGACUAGGUCGCCAACAACCGGCUGCUUUGAGGAAGAUGGACCAAGCUGACUUGAUCUCUGCCAGCGUUUUCCCCUCGGAAUGUGAAGUGGGCGGGCCCUUCCUUUACGCACGAGGGAAGCCCUCGUGCCCUCCAGGGCAGUUGCUCUCUCGGAUGCAGCGGGUAGGAUCCAGCCGGCAAGAACCAGGGGAGAACCGGGUGGCGUCCCGAUGUCCCAGCGCGGCGUCCCGAAGUCCCAGCUCGACCUCAGCUGAACGAAAUCAAGUGGCCACACUACCCGUGCGGCUGCUCAGGGAUGAUCUGGCUGCGGUGCACGGCAGCAGCCGUGCAGAUGCAGGUUUCCAGAUGAAGAUGGACGCCCACGGUUUCGCUCCGGGGGAGCUGAUGGUGCAGGUGGACGGCCAGAACCUGACGGUGACUGGUCAGAAGAAACAGCAGUCGAAUGACCCGGUCAGGGGCAGUUACCGCAUGGAGCAGACAGUGCACCGGCAAAUGCAACUCCCACCGAACUUAGAUCCUGCAGCUAUGACCUGCGGCCUGACACCAUCGGGCCAUCUGUGGGUCCUGGGACAAAACCGGUCACUAUCUCCCCCUGAAGCUCAAACAAGCCAGACCUGGAGACUCAGGGGCCUCGGAUCUAAGGGCUCCAAAUGAUCCUGACCCAUUAAACAACCGAGAUGUGCAGCA